AUGGAAGGCCUUACACCAAACAAGCUUGCUUUCCAUAUUACAAGCCUCCUCGCGCCAAAGGAUAAUGAAUUAUUCGCAAAUAAAUUAGAAGCAGCCCCAACAUCACCCGUCAAUUACCGCCCGGCUUUGUUUAUGCGCGACUUCGGUAGCCAGUCUCCGAGACAGCGCGGACAGAUCGAUAAGCCAAUUUUGAUAAUCGACGUAAAUGAUGCCCAAAAGAUCGAAACACCAUUGACAUGCCCAUCUGCCCAUAUUCACAAUUGCAAACACCUUCGAAUUUACUUCUGCGGAGUCAUGUCCUCCGUUUUUAUUUCACAUUGCAAAGAUUCAAUCGUAUUUAUUGGCGCAGCAAGCAGCGCUAUCCGCAUGGAAUAUUGCGCUAAUGUUACAGUUGUCGCAUCCACAAGAUUUAUCCAUCUUGAUGCUUGCACAAGAUGUUCUGUUUAUAUUCUUACAAAUAAUCGCCCGCUUAUUACAGGAAACUGCACCAAGAUACUUCUCGCACCUUACAACGCUCUAUACAGCAAGCUUCCAGCUGAUCUCCUCUGUGCCGGCAUCAAUCCAAAUAAUAAUCGCUGGAAAGAGCCAAUGGUCAUUGGAAGCUUGGGCCAGGCAUCCGCCAUGUUCAUGCCUCCACAGCAGUUCAACCUGUUCCAAGUUCCGUUCUACUGGGACAGACAAACAAUCGCGAUUUCUCCAACUUUGCCUCAGGAAUACGCAGAUGCCCUCGAAGAGAAGAAGAGGACACUUAUCGUGUUGAGAGAUAAUUUGGAGAGAAUUAGAGCAAUAAAACCAGAACUCGCUGAUAAAAUCGCUGAUCAGAUAAAGUCAACGUCUUCAAAGUGGAUCCAGUAUGAGGGACACUUCGAAGAGAUCACUUGGAUGUAUUCUAUUGAGCAAUAA